AUGUCUCGUAAAUUCAACACCAUCCCCAUCACAUCAGAUGAUGCCUCCGAGGACGAUGCAUCGCUCCCAAAUGGCCAUAAUGGUGAAUGGGAAGUGGAGAAGAUCCUCGCAAAGCGUGUUCAGAACGGGCGCGCUCAGUACUUUGUCAAGUGGCUGGGCUUUCCCAUGGUCGAGGCCACCUGGGAGCCAUACGAGAACAUGUCUAACUGCUGCAAACUGGUGGGCGAAUACGAGCGGAAGAGCUACAAGCGGUCCCAGCAGAAUAAGAAGCCGGAGCAGUUGGAGAAAACGAACCCAGACGAGUCCGACAUGAAGACCUUGGAGAAGGAGCAGCAAGACAAGCAGCGGCACCUAAGGGGUGGACUACCAGGACAUAAGAAGAUGAGGCGAAACCAUUGA